AUGGCAUCCACAUCCUCCGCCAACGGCGCCGUUGCGGCCCAAACCGGACCCACCCUCCCCCCCAAUGCAUCUCGCCUCCCGCAAACCGCUCAACUAGACGCGCUCCUCACCAUCAUCCGAGACGCCUCUACUCCACGAUCCGACUUCAUCUUCUACUCGGACCGCAUCAUCCGGCUUCUGGUCGAGGAAGGGUUGAACCACCUCCCCACGGUUCCGCAGACGGUGAUGACGCCGACGGGCUUUUCGUACUCUGGCGUUUCGUUCCAGGGUCGGAUCUGUGGUGUGUCGAUCCUGCGUGCAGGCGAGGCGAUGGAGGCUGGACUGCGAGAAUGCUGUCGCAGCGUGAGGAUUGGGAAGAUCCUCAUCCAACGCGACGAGGAGACGGCCAAACCCAAGCUGUUCUACGCCAAAUUGCCCGAGGACAUUGCAGAGAGAUGGGUGCUGCUGCUCGAUCCCAUGCUGGCAACGGGAGGCAGCGCAAUCAAGGCCAUCGAGGUGUUGAUCGAAAACGGCGUCAAGGCGGAACAGAUUCUGUUUUUGAACUUGAUCGCCAGCCCAGAAGGGUUGGCCAACAUGUACAGCAAGUUCCCCCAGGUCAAGGUCAUCAGUGCGUGGGUGGACGAGAGGCUGGACGAGAAGAGCUAUAUUAUUCCCGGGCUGGGAGACUAUGGCGACCGUUACUACAGCGGGUAG